CUCGUUUCUUCAAUUUGUUUACUAGCCAUGGGGAGGAAUACUGGGUUAUGGUUCUGUUGUUUAAGUUUCAUGACCACUAUAUUUCUUCCAUUUCUGGCUGUUUCCAUAAAACAAACGUACAUUGUUCAUAUGAAACAUGAUAAAAAACCUUCUACUUAUACUACCCAUCACGAUUGGUACUCUGCCCAUCUCCAAUCUCUCACAGCUUCCUCUGCUUCUUCUGUUUCUGAUGAUUCAGAUUCCGACUCUCUACUCUACACUUACACCACGGCCUUCAAUGGAUUUGCCGCUUCACUUGAACCAGACCAGGUCGAAUCACUUCGCCAAUCAGAUUUAGUUGUCGAUGUCUAUGAAGAAUCUAUUUACACUCUUCACACCACCCGCACACCUGAGUUUCUGGGUUUGGAAAAUCAAUUGGGACUCUGGGAAGGACAUAACAUUCAAGACUUAAACCAGGCAUCCCAUGAUGUUAUAAUCGGUGUUUUGGAUACUGGGAUCUGGCCGGAAUCCAAAAGUUUUGACGAUUCCGAUAUGCCCUCGGUACCGGCGAGGUGGAAGGGAGAAUGCGAAUCAGGGGUUGAUUUCAGCGCUUCUCUAUGUAACAAGAAGUUAAUCGGUGCUAAAAGUUUCUCAAAAGGAUACCAUAUGGCGGUUGGAAAUGAUCCAACGGUCAAGAAUAAGGAGAAUCCAACGCCACGAGAUGUGGACGGUCACGGGACACAUACGGCCAGCACGGCAGCCGGUGUCCAUGUCGGGAAUGCCAGUCUAUUCGGUUAUGCUAGCGGGAUAGCGCGUGGGAUGGCGACGGCCGCGCGUGUGGCUGCGUAUAAAGUAUGUUGGAGCACCGGUUGUUUUGGGUCCGAUAUUCUCGCGGGUAUGGAUCGUGCCAUUACAGAUGGUGUGGAUGUGUUAUCUAUGUCCCUUGGUGGUGGAUCCGGGCCGUAUUAUCGGGACACGGUUGCGAUCGGGUCAUUUACGGCUAUGGAGAAGGGUAUUUUUGUAUCUUGCUCUGCGGGUAAUAGUGGUCCAGGACGGGCAACUCUUUCCAACGUGGCUCCAUGGAUAAUGACCGUUGGAGCCGGAACCAUAGAUCGGGAUUUUCCGGCUUAUGCCGUACUCGGCGAUGGGAAACGCUUCACCGGCGUAUCACUCUACAGUGGACAAGGGAUGGGAAACAAAUCGGUCGAGUUAGUUUACAUAAACAGCAGCAGUUCAAGCAAUUUGUGCAUGCCCGGUUCGCUUGAACCUGAAUUGGUACGCGGGAAGGUGGUUCUAUGCGACAGGGGAGGCAACUCUCGUGUGGAUAAGGGUUUGGUUGUAAAACAGGCCGGAGGUGUGGGGAUGAUAUUGGCGAACACGGCGGCUAGCGGCGAGGAGUUGGUGGCGGAUAGCCAUUUGCUGCCGGCCGUGGCGGUGGGUAAGAAAGUAGGAGAUCAGAUAAGGGAAUACGUAAGGACGGAAGGGAAACCGAGGGCUGCGCUUAGCUUUGGAGGGACGGUGUUGAAUGUCCGGCCAUCACCGGUGGUGGCGGCUUUCAGUUCUAGGGGUCCGAAUCUAGUGACACCUCAGAUAUUGAAACCGGAUGUAAUAGGACCAGGGGUGAACAUACUGGCUGCUUGGUCUGAUGCGUUAGGACCCACAGGACUUGAACAGGAUACAAGGAGGACUCCAUUCAACAUAAUGUCGGGAACAUCGAUGUCUUGCCCUCACAUAAGCGGGCUUGCAGCACUACUGAAAGCGGCUCAUCCCCAAUGGAGCCCAAGCGCGAUAAAGUCAGCCCUCAUGACGACAGCCUACACUAAAGACAACACCAAUUCCCCUCUAAAAGACGCGGCGGACGGCUCCAUAUCCACCCCACACGUGUACGGUGCGGGCCACGUGGACCCUCGAAAUGCCCUAUCCCCUGGCCUGGUUUACGACAUAUCCUCGUCGGACUACAUAACCUUCCUCUGCUCCCUCGGCUACGCCGUUGCCCAAAUUGAGACCAUCGUGAAGCAUAACGUGUCUUGUUCAAGAAAAUUCCGUGACCCCGGACAGCUCAACUACCCAUCGUUCUCUGUUUUAUUUCAGGGGAAUUCCAGGCCGGUGAGGUACACUCGGGAGUUAACCAAUGUGGGCGCAGCCGGAUCUGUGUACACGGUUUCGGUUGAGGCCGGGGCGGAGAAGCUGGUGGCGGUGACGGUGAAGCCGACGAGGCUAGUGUUCAAGAAGGUUGGGGAUAAGAUGAGGUACACAGUUACUUUUGUGUCGUUGUCCAAGAAUGGGACAAUGGGGGCGACUGCUUUUGGAUCUUUGUCUUGGAAGAAUGCUCAGCACGAGGUGAAGAGCCAGAUAUCUUAUGCCUGGACAAAUCUGUCACGGUGAGUAGCUAGUGAGGCUGCUGCUGGUGCAUGGGCCAUGCAAGUUGGAACACAAGACAAGAAGACGCCUUGAUCUUAUUAUAAACAAGAAGAAAAAAAACAAUGCAUGCAUGGAUUUAAAUAUGGAAUCAAGUUUGCUUAACUUAAAUAUAAAUGUAAAAGCCAUUGUUGAAUUGAAUCAUGUU